AUGCUGGAGAAUUGUCGAAUAAAUAAUUACGAGAUAAUUUCUCAAAUCGGUUCCGGUUCUUAUAGCCUGGUGUUUCAUGUGAAAAACACUGUAACAAAUGACGAUCUUGCCUUGAAAUGUAUAUUCAAAUCAAAUAUACCACAAAUGUUAAAUGACAACAGUAUCGAUGAAAGGAAGAAACAAGCAAUAUAUCAAAAUGAACUGGAAACUUAUUUUAAACAGAAUAACAACGUGUUAUUCCUACCAAACAUCGACUUAGAAUCCAUUAUGAAUCUAACGGAUGCCCAGUUAUCACAGAUACCACACUAUAGGGAAAUUGCUCUACAUUUGAAAGUUCAUGAGCAUAAGAAUAUCGUAACUAUUCAUCAAGUGUUACAAGGGACAAAUAUUACCUUCAUGUUGAUGGAUUAUUAUCCAAUAGAUUUAUUCACGUCAGUAGUAGAUCAGAGACAUUUCGCGAAUGACGGACUUCUAAUAAAGAAGGUAUUCUUACAGCUUUGUUCAGCUUUGAAGUACUGUCAUAAAAGGAACAUUUUUCACUGUGAUAUUAAACCGGAAAAUUUACUAUUAGAUUCAAAUGAUAAUGUUUACGUAUGUGAUUUUGGAUUAGCAACAAAUUCCAAUUAUUUCACUCCGAACGUUUGUAUAGGAAGUUCAUAUUAUAUGGCUCCUGAACGAUUACUUUAUUCCAGUGAUGAUCAUAAUAAUUCAAUUACAAAUGAGACUACCCCUUUAUUACCAAAUUGUAAAGGUGACAUUUGGUCCCUUGGAAUAAUAUUAAUUAAUUUGGUAUGUAUAAGAAAUCCAUGGUUAAAAGCCCAUCAGUUGGAGGAUACAACAUUCCAUUAUUUUGUAAAGGAUUCCAAUGUUUUGAAAAAAAUCUUACCAAUAAGUGAUGAUUUGUAUGAAUUACUAUUGAAAAUGUUCGAAUUGAAUCCAUAUCAUAGGAUAGUGUUAGAUGAAUUAAUGGUCGAAAUGGCGAAUAUUAAACAUUUUGAAAUCGAUGGACCUUUACAAAAUGUUCCAAUUUUAUCGAAGGAAUCAUAUGAACAAUUUUCAUCAUUCUCUGUUUCUCAAUCAACUUCUUGCUCUACACAAAAGAAAGAGCGACUCCUUGUAUCUCCCGCAAAAAAUAUCACGGCUAAUAACUAUAGUUCAUAUACCACUGGUGCCCAAAAUGAGCCCUUAAAUUAUAGCCAUAUAGAUGAUAACAACCGUCUAUCUCCGUCAUUAGAUACCACACCGUACGACUCUGAUACCAAUGAUGCUUUACUUAAUAAAGGACUGCUAUCGCGUAAUACUGGCGUGAUAGGGACAAUACCAACAAUAGUCACUGGAUCAGGAGCAGAGAUGACGACAAGAACUAUCAGACAACCCAUACCACAUUCUUCAUCGACAUCCUCUGUGUCUUCCUUAUCAAAUAACAGGCCUGAAGAUCAUAUACCAAGGAAUCUACCAGGUGUAACAAGGUGCGAGGAACAGUUAACACACUAA